AUGUCGGCUGUUCCUAUCCCCGGCUCCAACCCCUUCCUCAAGCAUAUCCUGGCAUCAAACAUCCACCAGCACGGGAUCCUUAGCCGCGAGUGGGACAGCGGCGUCUUCAACACACACCUCUGCAGGCUCUGCCGUGACUACAAGUACAAAUACCGAGCCCUCCGACGAAUUCUGGGCUUACCCAUCACGCCAUCCGACGACCCGCCAGUAGGUAGUUCGCCAUCACCCCUAAUCCCACCCCUAAACCCGGGAAGCGACAAGGGUCACCACCGGUCACUGACGCCACCGCUCCGACUCGGCGAUCGAAAAUUCCUCCAAUCCAUUCUCCGAUCUGGGAGCCCCUCACCGCCCCUGACCCCUCUCGCGCCGGCGUACAGUUCCCAACCGGGCGGCGGCAAGGGCAGCGGCGUGUUCCCGGCUUCUCCGAUCUGCUCGCCGACCACGAACAAGCUGACCCCGCGCCAGGAGCGCAUAGCGCGGGGCUACUACGCGGGCCAUGCCCACCAUUCCUCCAUCUCAUCCGAUCCAGCCGGAAGAGCCUCCCCCUUCCUGGUCCCUCCCAGUAUCCCAACUGCCGGUUCCCGCAGCAGCCUCACCAGCCGUCAUCCCGACGGCCAAACACAAAACCGCACAAGUGCAAGCAGCCAGGGCACUGGCACCUCAACAGCAGCCACGGCGAUCUCCACCACCUCGUCCUCAACUCUGGUGGGUACCGGGGGCCACUCUCCGUCCUCCCUCCGCAACGAGGCACAUCCCCCUGGCACUAGUAUCAACAGCAGCAUCCAAUUUCACCAUCCGAUCCCGGUUCACCCCGUCUUCGAGGGAAGGGCAAGCCCAACAUCCACAGCCAGACCGGAAUUCCCCUUGCGCCCAACGAGGCCGCAUGAGACGUCCCGAGAGAUAGCUGACUUGCUCACGGCAGCCUCGUCUAGAGGUGGUUCCACCGGGGUACUAGCAGCCAGGGGGCAGGGAAGAGACAGGGAAAGAGAAAGGGGAACGGCAACGCCCCCUCCGCCAUCAUCAUCAGCAGCAGCGAGACGCAUGCUCGUUCCGCCGCCGCCUCUGAGUCCGCCCCCUACGCGUGCGCUGCCCAGACCGCCGUCUUCUGCUUCUGUUGCUGCGAGAGGGAGUCCUGUUCCGGUUGGGCCGAGUCCCCUGUCUGUGUCUGAGAUGUCUGAGAUGGGGAAGGGGCUGGGAAGGUUGGAUGUGUCGGUAGAGGAGGGUGUGGGGGAGGGUGAGCCUGAGGGGAGGGUUUGA